GCGAGGACGAGUCGAUAAAUAACAGAUCAAAGUGAAACAGUGAAUGAUAUAGGGAACUGAAAAUACUUGUCCCAACCCGGGGAUAUUUAGUUUAGAAAAAUGCAGUUUCUUCUUCUAGUAGUUGGUUUGUGUACGUUUGUCCCAGUGUACAGUCAGCUGCGGCCGCCGAAUCUAAAUCCGGAUGAUUUACCAGAAACCGGGUUUACAUGUGAGGAUAAAGUGACCGGCGGCUACUACGCAGAUCUCGAGGCGCACUGUCAACUGUUUCAUGUUUGCGUUCAGGUCUCCGACUAUGAGUUCCAGGAUUUCCAUUUUCUGUGUCCCAAUGAUACAGUAUUCGAUCAGCAGCAUCUGGUUUGUACAAACUGGUUUGAAGUGGACUGCCAUGCUCAGUUGGAGCUGGUGCCCUUGCAGUUCUUCGCCAACGAUUUCGGGAUCAGGGGGGACUCCACCAGGGAGAAGGACGAGGACGCCAGCGCAGGACGUAGGGACGCAUUCAGGAGCAACAGCGAUCUUGGAGGACGGAAUAAUGGCAGAGGCCAACUGGAGGUCAGCAGACGUCAGCCUAUUCAGGACAGUGGAUUUGGAUCCGGAACCCCUAUUCCUCUUGGCUUCACAACAACUAUCCGACCUCCCGGACAGACUCCAUCUACAUCUGGCUUUCUUAGCGGACGCAACUUGAAAGCUUUGUCUCAUGAAAGUAGUUCUCCAUUUGAUCAGCCAGCUCAACAACAGAGAAGCUUUCCCCUGCUAGGCCAAGAUGGACGAAAGCCUAAAGUAAAAUCAAAUCUAAAGGCCAAGCUGAGAAACUUCGGAGGUAGAAAUAAUUUUGCAAAUUCGGAUUCAGCAUCAAGGAAAAAGUUUAGAUCUUUUACUUCCGGGUUUGAAAAGAGAAGGUUCAAAACCCAGUUGGAGGUAGAUACCACACCACCUAGGUUUGAGGAAGCUGAUUUGUUUGCUCCUGAAACUACAACCGAAUACUUUCCCGAGAUUGGUCCCGAAGUGAGACCGGAUGGACGUGAGCCAAGGGUCAAGGCAGAUCUGUUGGCUGAAACACAACACAAGCCAGAGACUUUGACCGUUCUACCCUACAUAGAAACAUUCUUCGCUUCACCAUCUUCACCCAAACCAUUCAUUUUCAGGGGAUCUCCUACUCCUCAACCAUUUGGAAAUGAUCUGUUUGGAUCCCCCUCCUCCCCCCAACCUUUUAUAUUCAGAGGAUCCCCUAAUCCAUAUGAUGAAGAUUUAUUUGGCUCAGCUUCAACUGUCCAGCCUUUCUUUAGCCCAACAGUAAAACCUCCCACAUUUACCGGAAUUACUAAAACACCAUUCUUGUCCUUAACCGAUGCAAUUUCUGAUAGCGUGGAACCAUCUUUAGAUAGUUUAGAUGCUGCUUUGAAUAUUAAUGAGAUUGAGGAGGAUACUUCCCCCUUCCAACCACCAGUCAAUAGAUUCAAAUCCCGGCCUAGUCCAUCUAGGUUUGAAAGAAAACGUGGACAGACGCCCAAACCCUGGAAUCUUAAACAAGAUGCAAAGAUAGAGGAAAAUGAAGAAGAGGUGUUUGCUGAUGAUGCUAAUAGCAUUAGGUCAAAUCAAUUACCGAGUGUGCAAAAACCGCAGUUUAACUCCAAUGUAAGGCAGCACAAGAAGAAGCUUGCUGAAAAGAUUGAUGAGAAGGAGAACAAUUUAAUCUCUGAGGAGGAAUGUGAUAAUCCUUUCCGGUGUCCAUCAUCCACCGGGCUACCUAGGAGUCACAGUCCCAGAGUAAAAUCUAAUAUUAGAGCAAGAAAUAGGAACUUUUGGCAAGAAUCUGCUGGUUCAAGCUCGAACUCUGCUUUUGGAAGGAAUAGGCAAGUGAGGAAGGGAAGAAAACAAAAGGUGGUUGAAUCUCAAAAUCUUAUUGAAGAUCAAGUUGAGAAAGAAAAUGAAGAAUCCAAUGAGAUGGAAGCUAGUAAAGAAGAAGAAGAGCUCGAAGAUAAUGAGGAAACUGAACCAUUUGUUCCCACAGUCAGAACUGAGACAACAGUAGCUCCCCUGAAACAGGAAGAAGACUUUUUUGAAGAUAUAUUUGAACAAGAUGAUUUGAUAGUUGCAAGUUCAACUGUGUCUUCUGUUGUUUUCAAGGGGUCACCAACACCGUCAUUUGGAUUCUUCUCCAGUCCUGGUCCUAACUUUGACACAGACUCAGGGGUUUUCAGGGCUAACGCUCGUCCAAGCUUUUCCAACAUUGGCAACAAUAUUGAUCUAGGACCAAGAAAGUUCCUUUCCCCGGAUCAACCUGUUUUUGUCACUUCUACAGAAUCUAACAAAAUCUUUAUUGGAGCAUCAGAGGAAACAACUGUUGAGCAAGCAACAUCUUCAACAGUGGGUAAAAAACCUUUUCCUAGUUUUCCUAUCAGAGGAGGUCUUGGGCCCCUUACAUUUCCUUCAAGAGCUAAACCAGGCUUUUUUGCCUCUAAACCAUUAGUGGAAAAUAAAGAGAAUGAUACAGCUAAAAUCUCUGAAACAGAGAUCUCAACUGAAGAGUUAGAGUUAGCUACAACAACCCCUUCUUCUCCACCAAUAGCAACAAGGUUCAAAUCUCCAGCAGAGCUCUCCUCCAGAUUUAAACCAUUCAACAGAUUUGCAGCUUCUGCUAAAGGAAGCUUUAAUUCGUUCUUUAACAGAAAAAGGCCUGGUGCACAAGUUGAAACCACUGAAGUUCAAACGGAAACAGAAACUGAACCAACUGUAACUGAAAACUUUGAAACUGAAUCCCAAUCUGAUGUUACUACAGAAGCCAUAUUAAGCCCUGUAUCUGAGAACCUGGAAACAAUUGAAACUGACACGAGGAAGGAUGCGGAAGAGAUUACCACCCAAAUUUCUUCUCUCAGAAAAUCUCCAUUCAAUUUCCGACCCAAACUCGGUUUAAAGACCGAGAAGGGAGGAAGAAUAAAGCCCCUGAAUAAGGAAGAGAGAGAACCUGAACCUGAGUACACAACUGAAGGCAUUGUUUCUAGUGUUAAUCCUGUCACUGAGCAAGUUACAGAAUCAUCCGUCUUAUCUGUCGAAAGUGAACUGUUACUGGAGGAAGAACUACUGAACAAAAUUCCUAGCGGAGACUCAAAGGAAGAGGAUGAGACGCAACCAGAGGCAACUGGUUUCAGACGAUUUCCAGGGGUUCAAAAAGCACGCCAGCCUCCUAAUGCCAACGUAAGGGUGGAGUUUAAAAAAGCUCCCUCCCAACCUGAAGAGCAAGGUAAAAAGUUUUUUGUGAAACCUGAUGGCAGACAACCCAGAGUAAAAUCAAAUAUUAGAGCUAGGCUUGCAAACAAGGGUCAGUUUCCCUUUGACAAAUCUGAACCCAUUGGCUUCCAUCACAGCACCAAGGUUGACGAAGAAUUUGAAUUCAAUGGUGAUCCUGAACUUGAACAUAAAGAUAACACGGAGAAAAGAAAUAUCAACCCAAACGACUUUAAUCUAAACACAGAAUCUUUAGAUUCUCUACUGCAGGGUUGGGAAAAGAAUGAAAGAAAGUUCCAGAUAAAUUUAAAUACUCCGGCUCACCCACAAUCAUUUCCUUCUCCCAGUUCUCCCAGCAACCCAGAGACCCUAGAUCCUGAACCCUUAACCCCAGACACACAACCUUCAAACAGUCAAACAGAACUUUUGGAACAAAUUGUUGUUAAACACGGCGAGACAACACCCCCGCCUUACAUGGACGCAGACCAUUCAUCUUCGGAAGUAGAAUCUUCCGCUGAUACUUCCUCCGAGUCUAAUCUCAGUGCCUUUAGAGCUCUUUUAUCCAUGAGCAGAGCAGACCUGCCACUUCAGCUUCUCAAUACAAGAGAGAACCUGAAAGUUUAAUUCCGUCCCAAGCUUAUAUUUGUAAUCCUGGCGCUACAAGAUUAAAGUGUCCCAGGACCAGUGCCAUGUGAUCAUUGUAUCAAAUUUGCGGUCAUGACACAUUUUUAUUGUUUAUCUUAUUUCUUUUAUUUAUCAUUUAUUUAUAUUAUUAAAGACAGCUUUACCCCUGAACUAACUAUCAAACACAGAUAUCGUAGGACGUGUCUUCUUUCUACUAUGUACUAAACUGUAACCGUAAGAUCGAGGUCUCCAAUAGUUUAUAAAGAUAAAUUAUGUCCAGCUUUGUCUGUGUUUAUUCGUAGUUUAUGGCCUUACCCUUGCUCCAGUAUACCUGGAGAUAAGUUCUAUAUUAAACAUGAGCUCCGGGUAUACCUUGAGAUUUUUUAUUGACCAUCUUUAUUUGCCUUAUACUCUGG